AUGGAUUAUGAUCCUAUGGUAAUGGACACGGAGAACGUGGGUCCAGCAGUUAAAAUUCAUCAGGCCGGUCCAAAUCAUGUCAACUUCGAACUACAGAAUGUUGAUCUCGGUUUUGCCAACUCGCUGCGCCGCGUCGUGCUGGCUGAGGUCCCGACCCUCGCAGUUGAUAUCGUUGAGGUAGAAGCGAAUACUUCAGUCCUGCCCGACGAACUUCUCUCUCAUCGUAUCGGUCUCAUCCCUCUAAUAUCCAAAAAUGUCGACGACGUUAUUUAUUCCCGAGAUUGCGAGUGUGACCAAUAUUGCGAACUCUGCAGCGUCACUCUAUCAUUACAGGCAAAAUGUACGAGCGAUGAAAUAAUGAAAGUAUACGCGCGUGAUUUGGUGGUGGACAAUACGAGGGCAAACCCAUGGGUUGGGAAUCCUGUUAUUACGGACCCCGAAGGCCUAGGAACAGUCAUUUGCAAACUUAGAAAAGGCCAAGAACUCAGGAUGAAAUGUAUCGCGAAAAAGGGAAUUGCUAAAGAACAUGCAAAAUGGUCUCCCUGUGCUGCCGUUGGCUUUGAAUACGAUCCUCACAAUAAACUGCGGCAUACAGAUUUAUGGUACGAGCAUGAUGCAGCUAAGGAAUGGCCGAAGAGUAACUAUGCGUCAUGGGAGGAGCCACCGCAAGAAGGUGAACCAUUCGAUUACGAUGCAGCGCCCGAGCGUUUCUACUUCGAAGUUGAGGGUGCCGGUAAUCUGGAACCAGAUCAGAUUAUCCAACAAGGUAUAAAAGUUCUCCAACAAAAAUUAGCAAGUGUAAUCAAGGAUCUUACAGAAGGAGGAGACGGACCAAACGCGAUCGGUCUCAAUGGAUACGAUGCGCCACGAAGCCCAGAAAAUAUGAAUGGUUUAGGAUGGCAGGACCAAGGCUAUACAACCCCUUUUGGUAGUGGAGGUCAAGCUGGACAAUGGGGGGCUGGCUCUACAACUCCUUAUGGUGCCACCCCGUAUGGCCAAAAUGGAUACUAG